AUGGUUUUGGAUGCAUUGCAGAAGAUAAAAGCAGAGGAUGAUUCAAGCUUGAGUUAUAGGAGGUCUUGCAGGGAAGGGAUAUGUGGGUCAUGCUCCAUGAACAUUGAUGGGACGAAUACUGUGGCCUGCCUCAGGCCCAUAGAUGCAGACACUUCCAAACCCACUACAAUAACCCCUCUGCCUCACAUGUUUGUGAUCAAAGAUCUGGUUGUUGACCUCACCAAUUUCUACCAGCAGUACAAGUUGAUUGAGCCAUGGCUGAAGACGAAGAAGCCACCAAAGGAUGGCCGAGAGUACAGGCAAUCACCCUCAGACAGGAAAAAGCUUGAUGGCCUUUAUGAGUGUAUAGUUUGUGCUUGUUGUACUGCUUCCUGCCCUGCCUACUGGUGGAAUCCAGAGGAGUACCCUGGACCAGCGGCUUUGCUCCAUGCUUAUCGAUGGAUUGCGGAUAGUCGGGACGAGUUCACAGAGCAACGAUUGCAGGCAUUGACAGAAGACAACAUGAGGUUAUAUAGAUGCAGGACCAUAAAGAAUUGCACAGCCAAUUGCCCCAAAAGCCUCAAUCCUGCUGAUGCCAUUAGCAAAAUGAAGACCAGGCACCUCUUGUCUCAACCAGUCGAAAGGGUUGAGGACCAAGGAUAUGUUGUGUCAGGCAGACCAAUUGGUUGA